AAAGCUAUUAGAAACCUUCAUCGUCACACCUGAAACAGCAUCAUCAUCUCCUGUAUCCAUCUCUCAAACUCACCGAUAAUGUCAAAUCAGAAAAUGGUCCCCAGAGAAACCGAAGGCGAUGAUGGUAACAAUCAGGUUCAUCAUCCGUAUGCGUUUCAUGUUUCUGGUCCUCGUAAAGUUUCUGCCCCAAAUUGGCGAGAUCUUAUUAAUUCCAGCUGGAAAGAUGGAAACUACAAGAGGACUGUCAUUGCCUGCUUCAUCCAAGCCGUAUACUUACUCGAACUCGAUCGACAAGAAAACCGAUCACCAGAAACCGCUCUAGCUCCAAAAUGGUUCAUACCCUUUAAAUACAAACUCUCAAAAACAUUAAUCGAUGAACGAGAUGGAUCUAUUUAUGGCGCAAUACUAGAAUGGGAUAGAUCAGCAGCAAUGUCUGACUUCAUCCUCAUUAGACCGAGCUGUGCACCUCGUGCGGUUCUAGCACUUCGAGGAACGCUUUUGAAAGGCCCGACCUAUAGGCGUGACAUAGAAGACGAUCUCAGGUUUCUAGCAUGGGAAAGUUUAAAAGGUUCCGUAAGGUUUGAUGGCGCCUUAAGAGCAUUGAAGUCGAUUUCUGAUGCGUAUGGAAGCAACAAUGUUGCUGUUGCGGGUCAUUCUUUAGGGGCAGGAUUCGCGCUACAGAUUGGGAAAUCGUUAGCCAAACAAGGGCUUUUUGUUGAGACUCAUUUGUUUAACCCACCGUCGGUUUCCCUUGCAAUGGGUUUGAAAAACGUGGGCGAAAAAGCGGUUGUUGUUUGGCAGAAAGUUAGAGCAAUGGUGUCUUCUAAUGGUGCUGCUGCUGUUGAAAGUGGUGGUGGUUGUAGUAAUCCUAUAGCAUUUAACAAAUGGGUGCCUCAUUUAUAUGUUAACAAUAGUGAUUAUAUAUGUUGUUAUUAUACGGAUCAAGCCGCUGCUACUACUACUACUGCUAUGGCUACUGGUGGUGGUGGCGACAAGGAGAAUGUGAGGCCGCGGUCGGCUGCUAACGGAGUGGCGGCUAAGCUUUUUGUGUUGUCAAAAGGGAAGCAGAAGUUUUUGGAAGCACAUGGAUUGGAGCAAUGGUGGUCAGAUGAUUUGGAACUUGAAUUGGCUUUGGAAAGUAGUAAGCUUAAUAAGCAAUUGAAGUCAUUGUAUAGUCUCCCUCCUAGCUCCACCACAAACCGCCAAUGAUUUUGCUUACAUGAACUAUAUAUAUAUUUUUUUGAAUGUGUGUAAUGAUCAAUGUUUGCUAUACAAAGGUUGUAAUAAAAAAUGUUUUGACUUGCA